GUAAUUUACAUCAAAUUUAGCAAAUCCAGAAUAUGUGUCGUUGAAAGUUUAUUAAAAUGAAUUUUAGCGACGAUCCACUCGCUGACUUACUCAGCGAUAAUAGCUUAGACAACGACAGCUUUUUCGAGACUCCCGGUACAAAGAAGUUGCCCAAGACAAACAAGCCCAAAGGUAAGCUCGAAGACCUUUUUGGCAUAAAAGAGGAAACUGAGGCCGACGUGCAGACUCCACAGCCAAGCACCAAGCCAAUGGCAGCGAGUACACCGCGCAUUGUCAAACAGAAGCCUUCACUAUCCAUGGACGAUGCUGAUGAUGAUGAUCUGGGAUUUGAUCCCAAACGUCCCAAAAGUGGUGGCGCUGCCAGAAAAAGUCUCCUGGACGAUUUGCUGGGUGCUGCUGACACUAAACGUAAUAUAUUUGAUGACAUUGUGAACGGUAAUGAGGCUACCAAGAGGCCAUCUACAGCCAAGCCCUCCAUGUCCCGCCAAUCCACUGACACUACAACGGAUAAUUCACAGGCUCGUCCUAAGACAUCAGCAGGCGCGGGUAGACGAAGUUCAGCCAAUUUUAAUGCGGAUCCUUUGGGUCUCUUUGGAAAAGACAAAGACACAAAUGCCACGGUGUCCGGCAUGUCCACGCCCGUGUCAAAGAAGCGCAGCACAGCCGACUGGCUUGGAUUAGGUCUUGCUGCAGAGACAGGUCCAGCACCAGCUGCAGCUGAGUUAGAGCUAGAACGUCCUGCCACGCCACAUAGUCCGCAGCCAGUUAAGGAGCAGCCGCAAUCAGCUACCCCAAAGGCACCAAGUGAGCGUAUGCCGGACGCGAAUUACGUCGCAGAGCCGUCUGCGGAUACCACAGCUCAGAAAAUACUCAUGCUCAACACUUUGCAAAUGGAGAGCAGCCACAAUUACAGUGCCCUACAACAACAGGAGGCGCAGUUAGUGAUUGCUGCUCAAAUGAAAAGCCAGGAGCGUGCCUUGGUGGAUAUGCAGCGCAAGCAGGACCUACAGGAUCAAAAGUUUCAGACUCUAUUGCAGCAACAGCUGCAGCGACAGCAACAGAUGGAGGAACACAUAAAAAUGCAACAGGAACGCAUAAAUAUGCAUUUGCAACUCAUGAUGAGUCAGCCAGCAAGGGGCAAAGACGAAUGUGGUUCAACAGAGCUACUGAUUGUGGAUACUAUAGCUCCCAAGCCCCAGCAGGCAGAGCCUGUGAAGGAUGGAUUGCAGGAGCAUCUGUUGGAGCUUCAGUUAGAUGUGAAGCGCAACCUGCUAGAGAAACAGCGCCUGGAGGAGCUUGUAGCGAACAUGAAAGUUAAUUACGAGCAGGAAAUUGAGAUGAUCGAGAGCUCUUAUAAAAAGCAGCUAAAAGUGUUAGAGCAGCACUUAGCUGCAGUGGAGGACCGCUUGAAGUUAGAGAAUACAGAUAUGAAGGCACACUACACAGAUAAGUUGGAGCAACUAAAAACUGACUACGAGUUGAAAAUUUCCAGCUUGAAACAAGAUCACGAAGAUGAUCUUCGUCUGUUGCGCAGCUCACAUGAGUCAGACUUGGAUCGUCUGCGGCAGACCAAGAUGUUGGAGCAGGCGACUAUGCAGGAUCAUGGCAGCUAUUUGGAAACAUUGCGCCUUGCCUCAAGCGACUUGCAACAAUUGCGUGAAGGUAUGAAUAGCACCAAGGAACGUGAGCAGCAGCUGGUAGCACGCGAACGACGCUUGGAGGAUGCAGAGCGUCGCUUGCUAAUAGAUGAGCAGGGUGCAGAUGACGAGAAGCGACGCCUAAUGGAACUGGUGAGCACGCUAGAGCUACAGUUGAGUCGCUUGUCUAAAGACUCGGCCGAAGAAAACUGGCAGUUGCGUCAACGCAUGUCCAGCAUUGAAGCAGAGAAGAAGGCCUUCGAGCAGGAGAAACAGUAUCACCGUGCUAACAUGGAACGCGAUGAGAAACGCAUUGAAGAACUCAAGAAUUUGCAACUGGCCGAUACAGAGCGUCUAAUGCUCGAAGUGCAACAAGAACGCUCACGUCUACUGGUGGAUCAGCAGAAAUUAGAAAUGCAGCGUAAGCUGCACACACAGGGGGACUAUGAUAAGGAACGCUUAGAGCUGGAGGCACAGAUGCAAGUGGCGCGUGAGGCUAUUCAACGAGCGGACGAGGAACGAGAGCGCUGUCACAAGCAGCAACGAGAGCUGGAGAAACGCAAACGCGCUCUCACGGACAAAGAGAACGCGCUCCAUGUGAAGGAGGACGAGUUGGCGCAGUCCCUUAGUACCUAUCGUGUUGGUAUCAGUCGUUCUCAGAUGGCGGAGCAGAAAGCACGCGAAGCUGAGCAGCUGCUACAGGCUAAGCUGCAGCUUCUAGGAAAGCGUGCAAACGAACUGGCCGAAAAGGAGGCCCAGCUGUCACAGGAGCGCAUGUUGCUUGCCCAAGAUCGCAUUGCUAUGCACAAGUAUAAAAAGAAGAUUGGCCAAAGUAGGUGCGCCCUCUGUAAAAUGGGCGCCGAGAAUGCCGAAUUUUUGCAACGCAUGACUGGGCAAGUCCAAGACGCAAGUAAUGUAGUGACUCAACAUCAAGCCUCUUCCCAGCCAGUGAAUGAAACUGACCGUCAGCCUAUAUUGCCGGGCAGUGACAUUGUGGAUCGCCUGCUGGACGAGAACAUCGAAGCUUCCUAUCGCAGAAUGUACAACUUAACUUCGAGCAAUGACCUGGACUAUUGGCCAACAGCUGGACUUGAUGACGACUCUAAAAAAUUGGCUCUAGAUAAUGGCAACGCUUUAGAAAUUGAAGACUUAGUUUUGUCUCAAUUUAGUAUUAAAUGAUCCAACAAGUACAAUAAACUUA